GUUUCACUUUUAGUGUUAUAUAGUGYUUAGCGAUACUCUAUAAGCGGAGUGAGGUUUUUGUACUACGGCGACAGAAUGUCUGGCAUAUUAACCCCCCACGUCAUAUAAGACCUCUAUUGGAAUCCCUCUCGAUGUCUUGAUUUUGAAGCUAUUGUUUCUUUAGCCUCAUACAUUCUCUACAUCAGACUGUAUAAAAAUCACUCUAGAGCGACAUUCGUGUUCUACUCUGCUCUCGCAUUCUAUGAGCCACUCAUGUCUUCCCAGAUCAUUGAACUGGAUAAGUAGAUUGUAUAUAAAACUAGUUGAUUGGGAGAGUGUGUUGUAAAGUGCCGGUCUAGAUCAGGGACAGGACCCGCGGAAGCGAAUAAGGAAACGAAAAACGACUUUCAAAAUACACAAAAAAUGUUAUUUUGGAUUUGUUACGAAGUGCCUCUUUUUCUCUGCGGCUAUUUGUGAGAAAGAUUUUUUAGGGUUUUUUUGCGAGCGCUGUUUGUAGAUGUUCUCGAUAUUGGCGCCGCUUUGUGUUGUAAUUUGAAAGAUUACUGCGUUGGCCAUGCAUAUUGUUUUCUUUGCAUUGGUUUAAGAGCACCAAAAGGUGUCAAAAUUCAUUGAAAUUCAUUGUAACUGCUUUACUUAAGAGAGAACAAGGUACUGCGUUUGCAUAAUCAUUAAUUUUGAUGGUGUUCAUUGUAAAAAUGUUCUCCAAAAAUUCACAAAACUCCUCUAAAGCGACUUAGAUUUACAUCGAAUUUUCAUGGUUAAAACGUUAGAAAGUGAAAAGUUGGGGUUUUUUUUCGUUUUCGAUAUUCGUAUCGAAACUUAAUUUUCGUUAUGUAUUGUCUUGUGGCGUCUCAACAUGGUCAUGCCAGUAGCUCUAGUCCGGUUUAGUUAUCAAGACAAAGAAACGAGCUAAAAGGAUCUUACAAUCAUGCUCGUCGGUGGAGACGGUCAGUCUAUAGAGCCCCUGAUGUUGAUAAAGGUUUCAGUUUGAGUGGGAAAGUAAUUGAAGUAGAAGAGACCCGCUAUGGACAGCAAAAAGAAGAAUUCAGUGUAUCGAUCAGCUUUGACCGAUGCAAGAUCACUUCGGUUUCUUGUUCCUGUGGCACGAAGGACAUUCUCUGGUGUUCGCACGUCGUCGCUCUCUCCUUAUUUCGCAUUCGAUUCCCUCAACGGGUUACGCUCCGAAUUCCGAUAUCAGAGACUCUCUCACAAAUGAACAGAGAUCAGCUUCAAAAACUUGUACAGUAUUUACUAUCAGAACAUCAUUCCGACGUUUUACCGACGACUCAACGACUAGCAGACGAAAUACUCAAGAAGAGUUCAGAAAUUAAUCAAGUUGCGGGUGCUCCAGAUCCGACUGCGGGAGCGAGUGUAGACGAUGAUAACUGCUGGCAUUUAGACGCCGAGCAAGUUAGGGAUCAAGUUCGAAGUUAUUUAUCACAAAAUGGACAUUGUAAUAGCGGUAGACAACUACUUUCCAUGUUUGCAAAGGUGCGUGAAAUGCUUCGCGUCCAUGACAAGAAUGGUUCRCGCAUGCUCAAGUUAAUCACCGAACAAUUCCUUGAAGAUCCACGGCUGCAGAUCUGGAAGCAACAAGGAACCUCAAUGAACGACAAAUGUCGUCAAUUGUGGGAUCAGCUCGGUGCGCUGUGGGUCUGUGUUGUGUUGAAYCCAAACUGCACUCAAUCAGAAAAGGCCGUGUGGAAGGAACAACUGGAGGACUGGAGUCAAAGGGAUGUUUGUCCGAUGGAAAAUCCUGAUGCUUCUGAUGAAACGAGCAGCGAGAAUUCCGAAGUACRAGGGCUCAAAGCCAAAAGAACUGUCUUCUCAAGGGCUAUUCAAACAUGUAGUCUUGACUGGAAGGAUAGCAAGCUGCAGAAGAUCAUUGGGAAUUCUGGAGAAUGUGACGAAGGAUAUUUUAUUUGGUCAGAGGAUGUCCCAGUAGCGGCAGCAAGAGUUGAUGCUCUUCGCGCUCAUGGAUACCCAACAGAGGCUUUGCGUUUGGCCCUUGCCGUGGCUCGAGGAAUGCAGGAAGAACAAUCCCACAAGUAUCACAAAAUGGAAGAACUYGUUGAACGAUACGGUGAACAUGAACUCGAAAAACGUCUGUACGAGGACGCUAACGAUGAUGAACUCGUCGAAGGAUGGAUUGGCCAUCCUCUUGACCCCAUCGUUGUGUUGUACGAUACUCUGAUCGAAKCGUCUACGGAAGAUGUAUCCGCUAAUGAUCAAGAUACUCAGUCGGAGGACUCGAACUGUACGGUAUACAAGAGUUCUCAACAGGACGUGAAGAAAUUCGUCCAUAUUUUGACUUCAGGACGAGUUGAUGAGGAAGAAAGUUACUUGACUUUAGCUGUAGAAGUAGCGAUGAUGGGACUUGGGCAGCAGCGUACAAUGCCCAAUGGUUUCUACUUCCAGGACAAGACAUGCAGACAGGAGGAACAUCUGAUCGCUCAACUAAGUCUUCUCACUAUGGACUCCAAGUUAUAUAGUGUUUUACGGCGUCAGACRGAGUUGCUGUWWGGAGGRGGACCUUUUAGUGGUCUUGGACUUGGGAUUAAUCAUCGUAGUGUACCAAUGCACACAUUCGCAAGGUUCUUAUUCAACAUUUUUAUCUCAAAGGACUCUGAACUCGCUUAUCGUGUGGGACUAAGAGCUAUGAGGUUCCUUGUGUUGGAUUCCAUUGCAGAUGCAGAGGAUCGAGGACUUGAAGUCAUGCGCACUAGUCUUACACGGUGGUAUACUCUUGGACAUUUAGAGUCACAACAGUGUGAGCUCGCAUUAUGCAUGCUUAGCGCUUCUAAAGGAGAUAAGAAGAGAAUGAGAGAAGUGCUUCAAAAUAUUCAAGCCCAUGUACAUUCUGCUUCACAACUGUUCCGUCUAGCUCAGGAUGCGUUGAAACUGGCAGGGGUCAGCGGCAGUCUACUAGAAAGUUGUCGUGAUCACGAGAUGUUACACGUUGCCAUGGAGCUAGGACUGCAAGUACUGAGGAUGACAUUGGAGUCGUCGAACUGGAGAAGGCACGAAAUGGUGCAGUGGUCGAUAGAAUGUGCGAUUGAACUCGGAACGUCUGCUCUCAGUACAAUAAUGAAAAACUGGAGCAAACUGUUCUCGCCAACCGAAGCGACUUCUGUUGUAGCAGCGAACGUAAUGGCGCCGUCAACAGCUAUAAGACUCAAGCUGACUAUGGUAGAAAAAGAAGCACUUCAUUGUUGUGCCAGGGCUCUUGCUCUGCAGUGUGCUAGCCGAGAACCCAAAUAUUGUUGCCUACCUGCCUUGGCCCUUUGCGAAAAGGACCCUAUUGCAUUUGAGGCUGCAUAUAGACUCGUGCUGGAGACAGCAGCCAAUAUCACACCAACCCAACUCUUUGCUAUUGCUCGAUACAUGGAACACAGGAACUUUAGCCAGCGGGCGUUUCGACUUGCCAUUCUUGCGGUCAAACACUCAACUCUGGCAUUYAACCAAGACUCUCAUCCUUCAAUUGGAGAUAUUCAAUGGACUUGUGCACUUGCACACUCUCUGGGCCGUGAGGAGCUCAGUAAGGUCAUCCCGCUUAUCGUCAAGGCUGUUCACUGUCCUACGGUUUUGUCAGACAUUUUAUUCCGCUGUGCCUUUGCGCGCGGAAGCCCAGAUCCCGGAUGUGCACGCGCGUUUGGCAAAUUCGCGCUGUGCGACGAGGAGCCAUUGAAUCAACUCCUGGAAUGCACCAUCAAUGCUUACGUGAAUACAGUUCACUCCAGACUUAAUCACAUCAGUCCAAGACACUACGGGGACUUCAUAGACUUUCUGAGAAAAGCGAAAGAAGUUUUUGAACUCGCUGAAGACGGUUCACACCGCUUCAACGCUCUGAUUAACAACAUGAAAGUACUUUACAAAGGAAAGAAAAAGCUAGUACAGUUAAUUCGACAAAAAAUAGGCUAAAUAAUGAUAAACAAAUAAUGAUUUAGGAAUUGAUAAUAUUUAUUUUGAAAUUUCUACUCGCGUUACCAUGGAGAGGGGAUAURAAUACUUAUAAUAAAUAAUCAUGCAAAAAAUUGUCUUUUUCUCUUGAGAUCGUGCUCUCUAGCCCUUUCUCUCUCUAAAUUAUUACGCGAAAGCAACAAAUAUGUAAAAAGAAUUAAUAAAUUUUUAA